CGCGGGUGGGGCGCCGGGGCGGCCUGGCCUGGCUGGGGACCGCGGCGGGCGCCCGGACCUGGAGGGGACUCUCGGGCCGGUCCGGGGCAGCAUGUGACUCCGACCAGGAUUCAGCCCUGAUGGAGGCUGAGCAGCCUGAACAUGGAGCAUCUGCACCCAUCCCUGCCAUAGAGGAAUCGAAAGCUAUCCCUGAAGCUAUCAUGAGGAGCAGUCAGAUCCCUGUCCUGGAGCCUGAAGCUCAAGAAGGCCAAGACCCAUCCUACAAGUGGGCAGAUGGACACAGACCCCUGAUGGGCCAGCCACAGGAGUUAAGGGACAUGAGUGACCACAUACCUGAUAGUAUGGGAUUUUUCUUAAAGGAAGUUUCUUCCAAUGUGGAGACCAACCAGGAAAUCCUUGUGGCUGAGGCCUUCCACACUCCAGACCCGCUGGAAGCAGUAUCCCAGAGCCUUAAAGACAGUCUGUCAAAAACAAUAGCUGUCCCGGAGCUCUUGGCCUGUGCUGUUCGGGAGGAAUGGCCAGACAAAUCCAGCAAACUGGACAGCACAGUGGAGCUAGAAUUGCAGCCGGAACUCAUGUCUUUGACACUGGCAGUUAGCAAAGCAAAAGAAGAGAAAGACACCUCGCCAGACCCUUCGAGCCCUAGAGGAUUUUGGCCUCCCUGCAAAAAGCACCCUGGUGAGACAGACCAGUCUGGGGGCCAUGGAAGUGGACUGGUCAGGCAGUGGAAAGCGCUGCAGAUGGAGGCCAUGCAAGAAGAGCACGGUCAAGAAGGCCUCCUCCAACCUCAGAAGGCCCAGGGACUCGAGGGGCAGGAAGUCAAAAUUCAGGAGGAAGGAAGUCUGAGGGGAGACAUUUGUUCUGAUGGGCUUCUAGGGAAUCGGGAAGACGAGGAAGAAGAGGUUUGUGGCCGUGAGGAAGAACAGGAACGAGUGCAAAACCAUAGAAUGCUCGGAGGACAGAGGGCCAGUAAGGGACUGAGUGGGGAACUGGAGGCUCUGGAUUACAGUGAGCGGGGUCAAGAGGACAGGGAUAGGAGGGUUCAGGGUCAGAGAGAUUCAGAAGAGGAGGGAUGGGACAGGGAAUUAAGAGAGGUGGAAGAGAGGAGGGCACACUCUCAGUAUGCAAAGAAUCAGAGGUUAGUAGUGAAAUCAGAUGUGAGUGGAAAGCAGGGAGAUAAUGAUGAAACCCAAAUAGUGAUGCCAGGAGAGGGCCAGGAGGAGGUUGUAGACUCAGGUGAGGGGGGACGAGGGAAUGGGGAAGGGGGUGGACAGGCAGCCGUGGAAGGGAGGAGAACAGACGAGAACAACAAGCAUUGUCCUCCAGUGGAUCUCAUAGCUCCUGAGGCGCUCUCUUCAGGAGCACUGUUUCCAGACAUCUCUUGUUCUGUGUCUGAUAUUCCUGGGGCUCAGUGGGAACCUGUUCCCAAGGAACAGAUCCUCCCAGCUCUGACUCCUGCACGGGAGCCAGUAGAAUGGCCUCACCAACCCAUUUCUCCACCUGCCUCUUUUGCUACUGAAGAACUCCCUAAUGAUAGGACUCACAACAGCCAGCAAGAAGGAUUCAGGCUGAAGAAAGGGACAGUGUCUCUCCAGGGGACUGAGGUUGUCUCUGCUAGUGUAUCUAUGACUCCUCCAAGGACACCGGAUUCAGCUCCUUUCAGUCCCACUGAAGUCUUCCCCAUCACUGCCACCCUGUCACCUGUUAGCCCUCCAGUUGUCCUUCCUCGGAAGGACACCCUAGCAGCCUCUCUCUCGACUGACACUCCACCUCAUGGUGGGGCACUUGAGGCUCCUCCGAUACCUGCAAAAACUCGCAAGGACCCAUGUGCCACCCCUGACAAGGCCAACGCUCACAGCCCUCUCACCAGCUACGCUGGAGCCACCCAGCAUCUAAGAAGUAACUCGUUCCCAGGCUCUCACAGGACAGAACAGACUCCAGACUCCGUGGGAAAGUCUUUUUCUUUCUCUCAUUCGGAAUUACCACAGAGGCCCCCCAAACCUGCCAUCUAUGGCUCUCUGAUCCCACGAAGAGACAGAAGAAGUAGGGACGGCAUCGUCUUCUCAGAAUCCUCUGCUGCUUUCUUUGCUUUGAGACAGGACUCCGAAGGACUCACUUCAAAUCCAGAGAGUCCCGGCGAGCCUCAUGGUAGUCCGCUGUGGGGCUCCCCACAGAACUCAGCCUUUGCCGUGGGUUCUCCUGGGAAUGUUUCUUCUCUAUCCACUGUCUCCAUGGACAUGAGGAAACAUGAAGCCUUGCCCCCUCCUCCCCCAGGAAAGAGACAUAGCUACAGUUCCGUGGUGGAGAGAGAUGGCCAUCUUCAUGUAGUAGCCCCCACAGUGAAGCGAUAUAGUCAUCCUCCUCCAUUGGCCCUAAGUUCAGGGCUACCUGGAUCUCCUGAAGGCUCGUUUCCGCUAGUUCCUGACUCUGUUGUGUUGAGGCAGCACCGCCCUCUGCCAGCCACCCCAGAAACCCCCCGCCAUACUCAGACCUCCAUCUCCUCCAGGCUGAGAUACAAGAAACCAUUACCCCCAACUCCCUAUGUGCCUGACCUCUGCCAUUCUCCCCUCUCCCCCGCUAGCGUACCAAAGAUGUACAGGCCUCUACCCCCAGUCCCUUCCUCUGAACCACCCCCAUUACCACCAAAAUCCAGGGAGAGAAGCAGGAGUAUCCAGGGAGGAGUUAUACAUUCAGGGGGUCAAGCCAAACCAAGACCCACUGGCCAAGACUGGACAGUCUCCACACUCUCUGUCGGACGGACCUCUUGGCCCCCGGCUACAGGCAGAUCAACAGAAUCAUUGGUUCCCACCAGUGGGAGUAUAACUGAAGUGUCCACUGGCCUGGCUUUCAGCAACAUGAUAAACCUUCUAAAUCCCUCUUCCCCUACCACUCCCUGUACCCCGGAACUUCUGAGACCUACCAGUAAGGAUGAGUCGGAGCUCACCGAAGAGUCUGAGUCCCCCGUGAGAGGAUCGUUUAGAAGAUCAGUCCCUCAGGAGGGAUGUAAUGACACACGGAGGUCAGCUUUAGGACCAAAAAAGCAGUCAGAAAAACCCACCCACCAGCAACUGGAGAAGGCAUGCAGCUGGCCCCACAGGCAGGACCCAGCCAGAACAGAGAGUGGCAGUGAACAGGCUGGGGGCCAGGCCUCCAACAAGCACAAGGGCUGGAACCGGCAAGGCCUGCGGAGACCUUCUCUGUUGCCGGAGAGCUCUGCAGAUUUGAGAAAUCCAAGCAUGGGAAGACCUCCUGGCUCUUCAGAUUCUGUGGUUUUCCGGGAGAAGAAACCGAAGGAGGGGACAGGAGGCUUUUCAAGACGCUGCUCCAAGCUCAUCAACUCCUCCCAGCUACUUUAUCAGGAGUACAGUGAUGUUGUUCUGAACAAGGAGAUUCAGAGCCAGCAGCGGCUGAACAGCCUAGCGGAGGCACCUGGACUCUCUUCCCCCCGGCAGCGUCGAAAGGCAAUGGUGUCUUCAGACUCCUACCUACAGCGCCUCUCCAUGGCCUCCAGUGGCUCCCUCUGGCAGGAAAUCCCUAUGGUGCGCAACAGCACAGUGCUGCUCUCCAUGACCCAUGAAGAUCAAAAACUGCAAGAGGCCAAAUUUGAGCUGAUUGUGUCAGAGGCGUCUUACCUUCGCAGUCUAAACAUAGCUGUGGAUCAUUUCCAACAUUCAGCUCAACUUCGGGCCAUCCUGUCCACCCAGGAUCACCAGUGGCUCUUCUCCCGUCUACAGGAUGUGCGAGAUGUCAGCACCACGUUCCUUUCCGACCUAGAAGAAAACUUCGAGAACAACAUCUUCUCCUUCCAAGUAUGUGAUGUUGUCUUGAAUCAUGCCCCAGAGUUCCGCCGAGUCUACCUGCCUUAUGUCACCAACCAGACCUAUCAGGAACGCACCUUCCAAAGCCUAAUGAAUAGCAACAGCAGUUUCCGGGAGGUCUUGGAGAAGCUGGAGAGUGACCCCAUCUGCCAACGCCUGUCUCUCAAGUCCUUUCUGAUACUGCCCUUCCAGCGUAUCACCCGUCUUAAGUUGCUACUCCAGAACAUUCUGAAGAGAACCCAGCCUGGCUCCUCAGAAGAGGCAGAGGCCACAAAGGCACACCAUGCCCUGGAGAAGCUGAUCCGAGACUGCAACAACAACGUGCAGAGGAUGCGGCGGACAGAGGAGCUCAUCUACCUGAGCCAGAAGAUUGAGUUUGAGUGCAAAAUUUUCCCGCUUAUUUCCCAAUCUCGAUGGCUGGUGAAGAGUGGGGAGCUGACAGCCCUCGAGUUCAGUGCUUCCCCAGGGCUGAGGAGGAAACUGACCACUCGUCCUGUCCAUCUGCAUCUCUUCAAUGACUGUCUGUUGCUGUCCCGACCCCGAGAAGGCAGCCGGUUCCUGGUAUUUGACCAUGCUCCAUUCUCCUCCAUUCGAGGGGAAAAGUGUGAAAUGAAGCUGCAUGGACCUCACAAGAACCUCUUCCGUCUGUUCCUGCUGCACAACACACAGGGCACCCAAGCAGAGUUCCUCUUCCGCACUGAGACUCAAAGUGAAAAGCUCCGAUGGAUCUCGGCCUUGGCCAUGCCCAGAGAGGAGUUGGACCUGCUUGAGUGCUACGACUCCCCACAGGUUCAGUGUCUCCGUGCCUACAAGCCCCGAGAGAAUGAUGAGUUGGCACUGGAGAAGGCGGAUGUGGUGAUGGUGACUCAGCAGAGCAGCGAUGGCUGGCUGGAGGGUGUGAGACUCUCAGAUGGGGAGCAAGGCUGGUUCCCCGUCCAACAAGUAGAGUUUAUUUCCAAUUCAGAAGUCCGCGCACAGAACCUCAAAGAGGCCCAUCGAGUCAAGACUGCCAAACUGCAGCUGGUACAACAGCAAGUCUAACUGUUCUUGGGAAAGAGUCUUCUGAGAUCAUGAACAAGCAUUCCUGGAAAUGGCUGGCCACAGGGACCUGCUACAGAGGCCGUCUGUGGACCAGGAACUCGGCCUUCUGAAAGCCCAAGGACUGACUCAGUCCCUUGCUCCAGUACUUCUUUCAUUUUGUGCUUGGUGGGGAAUAUUGAGUGACUUCACACUGGAUUCUGGGAUCCUUUUUUCGAAGGAAAAGGGACUGUGGGGUCCUGAGCCUAGGCGGUGUACUUCCCACUACCAGAUGGUGCUUGUACAUCAUCUGCUGCUACAGUGCAGAUUCAGAGCUGGCCAGAUGUGAGGCUGUAGACACAUGUUACCAGAUGGACCUCAGCCCACUGCAGAGUGGGGUUGAAUGGGGAUUAGCACAUCAGGUGGGGUGUGGACCUGCUGACCGCUAGGGUGUCUUCGGAUCUAGAGAUUCUCCUCAGUGCAUGCGCCCUCGAGGUCUUUGUUUCUUGGUGGCAAUGUGAGGAUGGCAUUCUCUCACUCUAAUAAACUUGGCACUUCUCUGAGUGUUUUCUUCUCAGACCA